GUCUCCUUCUUCUACCCUAAAUCCUUAAACCCUAACAGACAUUCACGCAUUUUUCAUUUCAAUUCAUUUCUUAUUCUUCAUUCUUUUAUUUCAAUAACCAACUUUUUUAUUUUUUUUUCAAUUACUCCCUUCCCCGCCCCCAAAUUAUGUUUCUCCCCCUUCUCCUACUCUCCUUUCUCACUCUCUCAAUGGCCACUGCCACUGCUGCCGACGACGAAUCAAUCUACCAGAUCCUCAAGGCCCACGGGCUCCCCAUGGGCCUGCUCCCCAAAGGGAUCAGCCAAUUCAGCUUCGACAAUAGGGGGCGUUUCGAGGUCUUCUUGGAUCAAGCGUGCAAUGCCAAAUUCGAAAGCGAAUUGCACUAUGAUAGGAACGUUUCCGGCACUUUAAGCUACGGUCAGAUCGGGUCGUUGUCGGGUAUUUCCGCCCAGGAGUUGUUCUUGUGGUUCCCCGUUAAGGCGAUUCGGGUCGAUAUCCCGAGUUCGGGUCUUAUUUACUUUGACGUUGGUGUUGUUUUUAAGCAAUUCUCGUUGUCUUUGUUUGAAACGCCCAGAGAUUGUAUGGCUGUACGGUCGGAUAAUGAUGGUUUUGUUCGGGAUGGGAAGCUUAUUGCUCAAGCUCUGUUAAAGCUUGAUCAAGGAACUGUUGCAAGGGAUGUUAUUUAGAUGAUGGUGGAGAGAGUGAUUGACAUUUUGCACCGUAGCUCAAUCAGCUAGCCAUGGGUUCUCCGUUUCCCAUUGUAAAAAAGAAAGCGGUUAGAGGCUGCUUUAGCAGAUUCUAUGCUUCAAUUUUGUGUGGUUGCUUGCAUUUUCUUAUCCAUAGAUCCGAAGUUGCAGACUAGUUAAGCCAGCUCUUGUCUAUGCGAGGAGGCCAGUGAAUUUGAGAGAGAAAAUUGAAAUGAGGCUUAUUCUUUGGAUGAUUAAGAGAGGCAGAACAUAAUUCAGUUGAAGUGAUUUCAGGUGAUAACUCUGCAAGAUAUAAUUUUUUUCUUUUCAAUUUUGUAUGUUGAAUUUAUUGUAUUAUCAAUACAAGGAUGGAUGGUAUAUUGAGUCUCUUUUUCUAGUAUAAGUUUUAGGUCGAACGAGAGACACAAACGUAUAUGAAUUGUGAUA